AUGUCUAAAUGCUCAAUAUAUGUCGAAAAUCAAUUUGGACCAAGCGUUGACGGUAGCUGUUAUCAUGGAUUUGAUUUCACACUUUUGUUCGAAGAAGGGUUCUUUUCUAUAGCACCAUCAUCUGCUUUCAUUCUAGCAGCGCUACUUCAACUGGUAUACUUAAGGAAUGAGCCUACUAAAGUUCGUGGAGGCUACAUCCACAUACUCAAACUGGUUCUCCAUGCUUUUCAUUUUCUUUUCCAAUUGGUCCUUGUGGCAUUAUGGGCUCGCUCGUCGACUCCAAGGACCGAUUUGACACUAGCUGCGACGAGUCUGUCAUUGAUAGCUGCAUUAAUCUCAUGCUGCCAAUCUCAUCUUGAGCAUCACCGGUCCGUUCGUCCAUCAAAGCUACUGGGAUUAUAUUACUUCUUUGGCUUGCUGUUGGAUAUUCCUCGUGCAAGGACAGUCUGGGCAAUCGACGGCCUCCACACUGUAGCCAUUGUUUUCAUUGUGUCUAUGCUUAUAAAAGCCGUGAUUUGCGGGCUUGAGGUUCUCGAAAAACAGAACCUAAUAAUUGACCACUAUAAAGAUGGAUCACCUGAGACUUGGGCUGGAGUGUUCAACCGCAGUCUAUUCGGUUGGUUAAACCCCUUGUUACUUUCCGGGAACAAAACCGUGUUCUCCCUAAACGACCUCUACUCAAUGGAGAAGGCCAUGGUUCCAGACCCGGAUAUCAAGCAUAAACUUGCUGUUCUAUGGGAAGAAUGCGAAAACAAAGAUAAGUCGCAUUCACUCUUACUUCUCUUGAUGAAGACAUUCAAAUGGGAACUCCUUGCCGGUAUCUUUCCUCGCCUAGCUCAAACUGGAUUUACAAUGGCCCAGCCUUAUCUAAAUCGCACUUCUAUCAGCUUGUUUUCUGAUGAUGGCAUCCCGAAUGCUCAUAGUCGGGGGUUGGGCCUGAUCGCUGCGUUCGCCAUUGUCUACAUUGGAAUAGCCAUCUCAACAGCUCAAGCCCAGCACAAGGCGUAUCGACUUAUCGCUUUAAUGCGAGGCGCACUCAUCACAAUGAUUUACGACAAGGCAACAACGAUGCCAUCCUACAAAAAGGACGAUGCCACUGCAAUGACAGUAAUGAGUACAGAUAUUGAGCGUAUUGCAGCAGGACUAAGAUUUAUUCAUGACACCUGGGGUUCGUUGGUGGAGAUAGCAGUGUCGCUCUGGUUGUUGUAUGGUCAGCUGUCUACAGCGGGAAUUGCACCGAUCAUUGUCUCUUUUAUUUGUACCUUGAUGGCACUUAUGGUGGCCGUGAAAGCAGGAGAGAAACAAAAUUUGUGGAUCGAGGCAAUCCAAAAACGAGUGGGUGUAACUGCAGAAAUGCUUGGAUCAAUCAAGGGCGUCAAAAUGUCAGGCUUGGCCAGUCGACUUUCUGAUAAAAUUAUUGCGCUUCGUGAUGCCGAAAUUAUUGCCUCGCAACAGUUUCGGUCAUUGCUUGUUGUUGUUGUGACGUUAGCCAACUUCAACCAGUUGCUAACCCCCGUUAUUUCAUUCACUAUAUAUGCGUUGGUCUCACGAAACGGCAAUAUUGGGACAUUGAACAGUGAGAGAGCUCUUACUUCUCUCACCCUUUUCAACCUAUUCGCUGUAUUUGUCGGGGCUCUUGUCGAAGCAUUCACGCAAACUGCGACUUCUGUUGAAUGUAUAGACCGUAUCCGAGACUUUUUGGCCCAGGAUGCACGUGAAGACCUGCGUGAAACUUCCACAAGCAGUGGUUCUUUAGAAAAUCCAGAAAAGUCAAAAGAAAAAUUCGAUCACAGUCAGGCUUUCUGUGUUGAAGCGCAGUGCAUCUCAGUCGGGUGGAAGGGCGGAGAACCGUCCAUUUUACAUGACAUAUCCUUUUGUAUCCGACGAUCGACAGUGUCCAUGAUAGUAGGUCCGGUGGGCUGCGGAAAGUCAACUUUACUGAGGGCUCUUUUGGGAGAGAUACCCUGCCUAACAGGCAAACUUAUAGUGUACCCUAAACGGAUUGGGUAUUGCAGCCAGACUCCAUGGCUGACAAAUGGCACCGUAAAAGAGAAUAUUCUGGGAGCGACAAACUAUGACCUCACUUGGUAUCUUACAGUAGUUGAGGCUUGCGGGUUGCAAAAAGAUUUCGAAGAGCUCACUUAUGGCGACCAAACAUUAGUUGGUAGCAAUGGAGCCUCUCUCAGUGGAGGACAAAAACAACGAUUAACUCUUGCGAGAGCUGUCUAUUCCCGGAUAGACACAAUUGUCCUCGACGAUGUUAUGAGUGGCUUAGAUCCCUCAACAGAGGAGCACAUCUUCACACAAUUGUUAGGACCACAUGGGCUUUUAAAAACAACCGGAACAACGGUAAUAAUGGUAACAAAUUCAAUACAUAGAUUACCUUACGCAGACCAUAUUGUUGCGUUGAGUGCCGAAGGCACCAUUGUCACCCAAGGAUCGUUUAGUGUUGUUCAAAAGAAGCUGGAUGAUCUUCAAGGGGAAUUCGCAGCUAAAACACUACAACCACCUGCAAUUGUGAUGAAAAGCGCCCUACCAAUGGCAGUACGUCCGGAUAUUAACAAUGGUAACGAAAAUCCAGCGGAUAGUGAUCGCCGCACAGGAGAUUUUGCGACCUACAAAUAUUACUUUAACACUGCACCUCGCAUUUCGUGGGUCAUUUUCUUCGGCCUGUUGGCAAUAUAUGUGUUUCUUCAAACCUUUUCGUCGGUUUGGGUGACUUGGUGGUCAGAGGAUAACGACAAACAGCCAAAUCUCAACAUGUCCAUGCGAGUGGGUGUAUAUUGGGUAUUUGGCGCUUUGGGGGUUUCUUUUUUGGUACUGACCGCAUGGUGUCUCAUGACCGGUAUAGUUCAGAAUACGAUGGUCAACAUGCACCUCAGUCUCUUGCGUACUGUUAUAAAUGCUCCGAUGAUCUUUUUUUCGUCAACUGACUCUGGUGAAACUGUAAAUCGAUUCAGCCAAGACUUGGAAUUGAUUGAUUUCGAGCUCCCUAUCGCAUUAUUAAACAUGUCCCUCGCAUUAUUUUUGUGCGUCGGCCAACUUAUUGUGAUAUCUGUCUCCGCAAAGUAUAUCGCAGCAACAAUCCCGCUCUGCAUUGCGACAUUUUACUUCAUCCAAACUUUCUAUAUUCGGACUUCGCGGCAGCUUCGAUUGAUGGAUAUAGAAGCACGGUCGCCCUUGUUCUCGAACUUUAUGGAAACAAUGAGUGGACUCGCAACAAUCCGAGCAUUCGGUUGGGAACACAAAUACAAGGCUGUCAAUCACCAACACCUGGCCGAUUCACAAAAGCCGUUCUAUCUGCUCUACUCAGUCCAGAGGUGGCUAAGUCUUGUACUAGACAUGACCGUGGCUGGAUUCGUUGUGAUUCUCAUGGGAAUCGCCGUUGGAACCAUGGGAAAACUGUCUGGGAGCUUUUUGGGUCUGGCGUUGGUCAAUGUCGCGUCUCUCAGCGCUUCUCUAAAGGCUCUCAUUACCGAUUGGACGGUUCUUGAGACCUCACUUGGGGCUGUCACCCGUGUUAAAAGCUUUGUACAGGAUAAUAAAUCUGAACAUCUACCAGGAGAGGACGGUCUACCACCGCCAAAUUGGCCAAAGCAUGGUUCUAUUGAGUUUGACGGGGUGUCUGCUUUUUACAAGACCCCCUCUAACCUCGCGUUAAAGAAUUUAUCAUUUACAGUAAGAAGCGGUGAAAAAGUUGGAAUAUGCGGCCGCAGCGGAAGUGGUAAAAGUACGCUUGUGUCAACUUUAUUUCGGAUGAUUGAACUAUCCGACGGACAUGUAUUUAUCGACGGCCUCGACAUAUCAAAACUCUCUCGACAGGAAGUACGGCUAUCAUUGAUUGGUCUUUCUCAAGAUCCCUGUGUGCUAGAGGGCAGCAGUAUCCGCGAAAAUGUGGAUCCUUUCAGCAACAGCCCAGAUGAUUUGAUUAUUAAUACUCUGAAAGAAGUCGAUAUUUGGGAAAUUUUAGAAGCGAAAGGUGGUCUAGAUGCUAUGGUUAGCGCCGACUUGCUUUCACACGGCCAGAGACAAUUACUAUGCAUGGCAAAGGCAAUGCUACGAAGCGGAAGUAUAGUUGUCUUUGAUGAAGCAACAAGCAGCGUUGAUACAAAGACAGAGGAGUUGAUGCAAGGCAUAAUAAACUCCCAUUUUCAAAGCCACACCAUUCUAUCUGUCACGCAUCGACUUGAUGGAAUCAUCGAUUUUGACCGGGUAUUGGUAAUGGAGAAUGGAGUUCUUGUAGAAGAUGGUCAACCACGAGCACUUCUUGCACAAGACAGUAUCUUCCGCGAGUUAUACAAGAGCUGCAGAGGGUGGCAAGAGUAUGAACGGCAAGAGAAAAAAGAACUUGAACGCGUGGAACUCAAACGUCGACAGACAGUCAGGGCGCGUGAGCGUGCUCAAAAGAGUCUAUCUGUCACCAUGACUGAUUCACUCGAGGAUGACACACAAGAAGAUCGUGCACUCCGCAGUACUAUUAGUGAGCACUGGUCUAGAGCCAACGAGUUUUUCGGUAUUAGCCGACGAGAUAGCAUGGGUCGACGCGAUAGAUCUCGCAGUGUUGGUCGUGAGUCGCAUCGGAGCUCUGUGUCUUCAGACAUGCUCUCUCCAGCCACAGAUAGGCGCUCAUGGGUAGAGCCCGGUAGGUUAGUGUCUGCAACAAUGCGCAGGGCGGCUUAG